AGAGAUGAAGCUGUAAAGCAGGUAGGUCCGGAAGUAAUGCAGAAUGCGGAUAACCUUUCUCCAUCUCUCUGCUUCAGUUUCAGUUUUGAUUCUCAUACUGCUCCUUCGUUUUCCUCAGCAGAGAAAAUAUAUAUCUUCGCUGUCAACAUUUCAGGAAUUAAAAAUGGCGGAGCCAAAGAUCUUUGAACUCAACAAUGGCACUACGCAAGUCAAAGUCUCCAAUUUUGGGUGCACUAUUCUCUCCUUGUCUGUACCAGAUAAAGAUGGGAAAUUGGAUGAUGUGGUUCUCGGAUUUGAUACACUUGAACCCUAUCUGAAAGGAAUGGCACCUUAUUUUGGUUGCAUUGUUGGCAGGGUAGCCAAUAGGAUCAAAGAAGGGAAGUUCACUCUUAAUGGAGUUGAAUAUUCACUUGCAAUUAACAAUCCCCCUAACAGUCUACAUGGUGGACAGAAGGGGUAUGACAAGGUUGUAUGGGAGGUUGUUGAACAGAAGCAGGGCGAAAGCCCCUCGAUUACCUUUAAAUAUCAGAGUCAUGAUGGGGAGGAAGGUUUCCCGGGAGAUCUCUCUGUUACUGCGACAUACACACUUACUUCUAAGACAACAUUGAAGCUCGACAUGGCAGCAGUUCCCGGGAAUAAGCCUACUCCUGUCAACUUGGCUCAACACACAUACUGGAACCUUGCCGGCCACAGUUCUGGGGACAUUCUCGGACACACUGCUCAGCUAUGGGCAAACCAUGUUACUCCAAUGGAUCAAAACAGCAUUCCAACUGGAGAAAUAUUGCCUGUCAAAGGCACCCCGUUUGACUUCACCACUGAAAAGGCAAUUGGUCGUGACAUCCAGCAGGUUGGUAUAGGAUACGACGACAACUAUGUGCUCGACUGUGGAGACGAGAAAGAGGGCUUGAAACACGCUGCAAAGAUUAAAGACCCCAAGAGCUCGAGGGUUCUUAACCUGUGGACCAAUGCCCCUGGCAUGCAGUUCUACACCGCUAACUAUGUGAACGGAGUUGUCGGUAAAAAUGGAGCUGUUUACAAUAAGCAUGCAGGUGUUUGUUUAGAGACUCAGGGUUUCCCAAAUGCCAUCAACACCCCAAAUUUCCCAUCCAUUAUUGUUCAACCGGGCGAGAAGUAUCAGCAUACCAUGCUGUUUGAGUUUUCAGUUGAGUAAGAUGAUGUUGUUUAGGAAGUUAAUAAUAUAUAACAAUAAAGUUCUCCCUUGUAAAGGCAUAGCCUUAGAAUGGUAAUUUUUUAGUAACCAGCUGGGAAUAAAGUUAGGUUUGGGAGUGACAGUGAUGAGUAAUUAAUGGAUUGUGUUGAGUACCUUUUAGACAUGCAGUACUGUAUUUGGGAGAAGAGCUAUUUAAAUAACCAUAGCUGAAA